UAAAUUCAGGAUUAAGAAUUAACUGAAUGCGAUGGCCAACUCGACUGCAGAGGAGAGGAAAGACUCUGUCGAGGUCGAAGUUUCUGAAUCAAGAUCUCCGAAUAAUAACGGCGGAAUAAGAUGGAACGACUGGGGCAGUUGGAGAGAAAACAUAGAACACGUGUUGGAAAUGCACAGAUUCCACAUGGUUGUGAUAACUCUAGUUGUACUGGACGUCCUUAUUGUCACUCUUCAGCUUCUUAUCGACCAUGAUAUCAUCAAGGUUCCUCAUGAUAAGAAACACGCGAUAGAACACGGGUUACAUACGACUAGCAUCGCUAUUUUAGCAUUAUUUGUUGCUGAGUUAUUCCUGAAGCUAGCAGUAUUCAGACUUGAGUUUUUCAAGAAAUACUUCGAAGUAUUCGAUGGAGUUGUGGUGAUAGUGUCGUUUAUCCUGGACGUUCUACCUCAAAGUGUCCACACCUCAGCUGCCGAGCUUGUUAUUAUAGCCCGGCUGUGGAGAGUAGCUAGAAUCAUUAACGGGAUUAUCUUAUCAAUAACGACGGCGAAGGAGGAAGAAAUUAAGAAACUGAAAAAAAGUAUUACUAUACUGGAAGAAGAGAAUGAGAAACUGAAAGGAGAAAAUGAUAUGUUGCAUAAGAAACUGGAGGAAUUAGAAGGGUGAGGUGGAUGAGAUCAAUUAAGAACCGAAAAACUCCAUGACUCAGCAAACAAUCGAAGUAUUAAGUCCUGACCAUCUGCUAUGCCCUCUUGAUUUUUGGUGUCACAUUUUAUAUGUGCAAAGCGUUACUUACAGCUAACCAAACCGACCUUUGAUGAAAGCAGGAUAAGACUCGCUCAAAUAAGGCUUGAGAUCAGGAAGAUCGACAGCACAGGAUGUGGUUUCCACAUUCCUGGGUUUUGUUCACAAUGGUGUCAGAGUCGGCAAAUGUUGACAACCUCCAUAAUAUUAUGUUCAGAAAACGACUAAUUCAUGAAUCUAUUGUAAAUUUUUUAGAACACUUUGGCUGAUAAAUUCAAAAUCAUCUCUACAGUCUGUACAUAUCAUUCUUACAUACCAUUUGUACGGAUUGUUUGGCUAUUACAAGAUGUGCUGCACCAGAGUGAAGCAUUUCUGGUAUGCUGAGUUAUUUUCUACAAGCUUACCGUGUUUUUGUUUGAACAAGUUGCUGUAAUUUACAAAUAUCUAUAACCGCAAGUUAAUUUGAUUUAAGACUAAACUG